AUGUCACUGUUAAAAGUUAUUCGAAUUAAUACGAAACAUAUUUUUACUAAACACAAUGAAACCCAUACACUCUAUAUUUCAAACAGAAAAUUAAGCAUAGUACCUUCAGUCUACGAUCAAGAAAAUCCUGCUCCAAAAUUUUUUUCGUCUGGAAUACAAGUGCUUUUAAAAAGGUUGACUAGACCAGAGUUUUCCAAAGUGUUUCGUAAACGCACUAAUAAUAAUACCGCAGUUCUCAAAACGCCCGUAUACAAAUUUCUUACUGACGAAGAGCUCAAUAUAGAGAAGGAAAAGGCUAACACAAACGCCGAUCGCUUGUUGCAAAUGCCUCCAGUAGUUAAGUUACAUGAACAAAUAAAUGAUGUACUCUCAAAAGACCCAGCACUAGUUGGAUAUGAUAAUUCAACAUACAUGUUUACAGACAUUACCUUUGGAGUUGCCAAUGAGCACAGGAUUAUUGUACAGAGAAACCCUGAUGGUACAUUAGAAAGUUGUGAUCGGGAUACUAGAAAAAGGCUCAAUCAGAUCUAUUUCCCGAUGCAAGGUCGUAAGAUUAGAGAACCAAAAGUUUUCUCUGAACCUGAAAAAUUUAACGGUUUAUUGGAGGGUGAAAAAUAUGAGUAUAUCCUUGAUAGAGCUUGUGUGCAAUAUGAACCAGAUGAACGCAAGUAUCAAGAGAUUACCAGUAUUACAUAUCAACAUAUUGAUUUGCAUAGCAAGUUUGAUUUGCUCAGAUCAACUCGUCACUUCGGACCAAUGGUAUUUUACUUAACAUGGCAUCAAAGCAUGGAUCGCCUAAUGUUGGAGUUAGUCCAAAGUGGUGUGGUACGUGAAGCUGUGCUGUUAGCCGCACUGAGACAGGCCGUACACAAUGAUCUUAGCAAUGGAGAAGACUACAAUGCUUUGGUCUCGGAGAUUUUACCAAGACCGAUACAGCUAACCAAACCAGAGAUUCUUUCAGAGGAAGAUAUAGCAUUGGAUACAAAGUGUACUGAAUUGGUUGAUACCUAUAUUAAUACAUCAUCAUCUAUGAAGAGUCAACAAGCCCUUGCGUUACAGGGCUUUAGAGAAUAUUAUCAGCAAUUAGUAGACCUUAGUAGGGGCUUAAAGAAGGCUCAUGGUAAUGCAUAA